AUGUCUGCGGAGACGUUUCGCGAGCGUACGUUGGCGACACAGUACCAGCCACGCCAGCAUCUCCCGCCUAACUUCAGCGAUGUGCUGAAGGAGUACGCGCGGGAAGUGCUGCGCAAUCAGCCGUCGGAUAUUCUGGAAUGGAGCGCGGCGUAUUUCAAGAAGCUGGCCCUCGAGACGGACCCGCUGCAGGCAAAGCAGCCGCCGCCGGAUCAUUACACCCCCCUCGUCGAAGACCCUGAGCGAGCGAUGCUGGCGAACAAGAUGGUGAAAGUGUUCUCGACGAUGGACGUGUCAGAAAGCGGGCGGCUACCCGUGUCUGAGGUGCGGCGAGCGCUGACGGAGGCGUUUGAGAUGACGGAGGCUCAGGCGCUCUACCUUCUUACGGCGCCAUUCACGACGAUCAUCGAGGACGACGGUAGCGGCAUGACAGGUGAUGCCAUCGAGUACAGCCCCUUCUCCCACGCAGCGGUGCGCACGAUUCAGUACUUUCAGCAGCACCACGACUUCUCCUUCGAUGUAGACGGCAGCGAUGCCUGCGCAACGGUGCACGGCAUGAACCGCUACGACAUCGAGCAAGGCUUUCUGCGCAUCUUUCGCCUCCUCGAUGAGGCGGGGACGGGUCGUCUGCUGCUCCAAGACUACCAGGGCGCCUUGGAGAACGCACCUUACCACCUGACGCACCGCGACAUUCGUGUGCUGCGCCUCGAGUGUGGCACGUGCGGCGGCGAAGGGGACGCGGGGCCGCGUGAAGUGGAGUAUGAGAAGGAGCUGCCGCACAUGUUCAAGCGCCUCCUGCUUGCCGAGGUUUUCAAUCUCUUCGAGGAGGAGGGGCAGAGCUAA